AUGGAGCACUUCAGGGAUCCUCGCCCUUUAAAGAUCGCCUCCAAUCUGGUUUCUCCUGGUCACUUUCUCUUUUCUAAACCCAAACCAUCGGGGCCACCGGCUUCCAAAUCUACACAGAAAAUGGACAAAUCUCAGCAACCCAGUUCCUUCCAGCAGCUGGAAAAGCUCGGCGAAGGCACUUAUGCUACCGUCUUUAAAGGGCGCAAUCGCCAAACCGGUGAAAUGGUGGCGCUGAAGGAAAUCCACUUGGAUUCAGAGGAGGGAACACCAUCGACUGCAAUCCGUGAGAUCUCGCUCAUGAAGGAGCUGAAGCAUGAAAGUAUUGUUUCGCUCUACGAUGUCAUCCACACGGAAAACAAACUCAUGCUUGUUUUUGAGUUCAUGGACAGAGACUUGAAGAGAUAUAUGGACACUCGCGGUGAUCGCGGACAGCUGGAUCCUGCCACGGUCAAAUCCUUUAUGCACCAGCUACUCAAGGGUAUCGCCUUCUGCCAUGACAACCGAGUCCUCCACCGCGAUCUGAAGCCACAGAACCUCCUGAUUAACAAGAAGGGUCAACUCAAGCUGGGUGACUUUGGACUGGCGCGCGCCUUCGGUAUCCCGGUUAAUACCUUCUCCAACGAAGUCGUCACUCUGUGGUACCGCGCACCAGACGUCCUCCUCGGUAGUCGGACCUACAACACCAGCAUUGACAUUUGGUCCGCUGGCUGCAUCAUGGCAGAGAUGUACACGGGCCGUCCGCUUUUCCCCGGCACAACCAACGAGGAUCAGUUGGUCAAGAUCUUCCGCCUGAUGGGCACGCCCUCCGAACGUACAUGGCCCGGCAUCUCGCAGCUGCCAGAAUACAAGUCCGACUUCCAAAUCUACGCCACGCAGGAUCUGUCGCUGAUCAUCCCCCAAGUGGAUGCUAUCGGGAUGGAUCUGUUGAACCGCAUGCUCCAACUCCGUCCGGAGAUGCGCAUCAGCGCCAACGAGGCCCUGCAGCACCCGUGGUUCCAUGAUCUGCCUCAGAUCCAGGCUAAAUUGCAGCAGCAACACCAGCAGCAGCAGAUGGCUGGUUAUGGAGGCAUGAUCCCCCCGCAACCCGCUUAUUAG